AUGGGCUUAUAUGACUUCAAGUUUUCACUCGGUAGACUUCCGGUCAAGCUCAUACCUACCUCGACCACUUCCUUGCCCUCAUCCCACCUUUCCCUCCUCCACGAUGAGCAAGAAGCGGAAGCUUUCGCGUUUUGGCGCAGGAAAGCCUACGCACCCUCACCAGAAGAAGACCAAGCUCAACGCACAUCAGCAGACGUCGAAGCAGAAGCAGCAACCCCAGCAACAGCAGCAGCAGCCGCCGCCGCAAAAGAAGCCCCCUACGAAAGAAGAACCCCCACGAUACCAUUCUCACCUUCCGACCGCAUUCUCCUCGUCGGCGAGGGCGACCUGAGCUUUGCUGCGAGCUUGAUCGCCCACCACAAGUGCACGCGCGUGACCGCCACCGUGCUCGAGAAGAACCGCGCCGAGCUCCUCGAGAAAUACCCCCACGCCGAGGCCAACGUCGCCGCAAUCGAGGAGGCGUCCGCUCAGGGCGCCAAGCUCCUGUACGGCGUGGACGCCACCAAGAUGCCCGCCUUCACCGACAAGUCGUCGGAGCGCCAGGCCGUCACCUCCGAGGCCGUGCUCCCCGCCCGCCGGAAAAGGGGCAAGAAGCCCGCCAUGGACCGCAUCUUGUUCAACUUCCCACACGUGGGCGGCAAGUCCACCGACGUCAACCGCCAGGUGCGGUAUAACCAGGAACUCCUUGUCGGCUUCUUCCGCCGCGCGAUGCCCAGCCUCGCGCGGGGCGGGUCCAUUGUCGUGACGCUGUUCGAGGGCGAGCCCUACACCCUGUGGAACGUCAGGGAUCUGGGCCGCCACUGCGGCCUGCAGGUCGAGAGGAGUUUCCGGUUCCGCGCGGAUGCGUAUCCGGGCUAUGCCCACGCGCGCACCCUCGGCGUAGUGAGGAACAAGAAGGGUGAGUUGGGCGGCGGCUGGAAGGGCGAGGACAGGCUGUCUCGGAGCUACGUGUUUGUUAGGAAAGGGGAGCAAACUCAAGUUGCCGUCAAGCGGAAGCGCGGCAAUGAAGACGACGAUGACGACGAUGAUGAUGGUGGCAACAGCGACAACGGUGACAACCCUGGAGCUGAUUCACCAAACGACUCCCUCGAGGACCCCGAGCUCGACGAGUCCGAGAUCGACUGA